AAAUUGUAGCUGACAUCUAUUCUUCAAUUUUCGGCUUGAAGAGCUAUACCUUGCAAGAGAAAUUGGUAAUCCUGUUUUUCAAGAAAUCGGCAUUAUAAUAUAGCAAGUAGAUUCACUCAUUUGGCAGCGGCCGUGACAGUUUCCUUUCAUUUGCACAGAUGAUGUAGCAGGAUGUUAGAACAUACGGUCCCUCAAAAGUCUGCCCAGUAGCGUAAUAAAUUGUGCAAGGGAUGCAUUUGCUAUGAAACAGGAAGUAUCCAUUGCAGUAUUUUGGCAUGCAGUACAGGGAAUUCAUUCUGCUAGUUGUUUUUUUAAAGACAUGUGCUUUAAACAGCUAUGUGUUGCAUAAAAUUAGUGGACCAAACAAAGGAGGAAACAUGCCGUAUUUAUUGUUACUUGAGAUGACAAAUUGCAUUUCAGAUUCACUAAAUCAAAGUGAUAUCUUGUAUAAAAUCUGUGAAGUUGAAAAUUAAAUUAAUCCUAUUGAGUUGUAGGUAAACCAAACACUUCAAUUGGUAGAAAUAAAAAUAUAUAUUCUGUCUGAUGUUAUACGUUAAAAAAAAACUUUUGUAUGACAUUUUGUGACGCAAUACAUGAAAUAUAUCUACUGAAGUCAAAACUGUGAAUUGCACAGUAACCUGUUGCAGCUCAAUGAAAGUUCCUACUUUAAAAUAUCAGAUGACCAAAGUAUGAAGAUGUAUGUUGAGGACAGUAUUUUUGCAGCGUGACACAACUGGGUCAGCUUUUUUACUGGGACAAUAGCUCACCUGUAGGAAAGUGUCACAAUCUGCUUGGCUGAAUCAGAAGCAUAUCAUGGCUGAAUCAGAAGCAUAUCAUUUUGAACAUAAAACAUGCAGGUUGAAAUGAAAAGGCAAUGAAAAGUAAGAUUAAAAACAGACAGGCAUUUUUGGGAGCUAUACUUAUUAUGUGAUUUGCAAGAGAAGAUACAGUCAACACAAAAACAGAAUAAAAUUUCUCACUCUGCUUUCACAAUUUUGCACAUACUCUAUACUAAUGUUCAGCAUAGAGUAAAAAAUGGUAAAAAAAAAAAAAAAAAACAGUUAAGGAGCUGCUUAGGAAAACCUGUUUCAAGCAGAUGUUUCUAUCAAGAGCAAAGGAGAUUUUCACUCAGAGACUGAUGCUUUGCUAGAUUCAGUUGAUGGGGAUCUUGGGACUCAAACUCACAAACCUCUGUGUUUUUAAUCAGCGUGUUACCAGGGGCACGUCAAUGUACAAGCUAAUGUACAGGCUAACCUCCUCUAAAUUUUGCUGACUGCAAUAAAAUUUUACUCUAUAGUUGCUACCUAGCCCAUACUGAAAAAUAUAAUGCGGUAUCCCAAACCGAUACUAGGGGCACCCCCCAAGGUUAUUUUCAACCUUUAUGGGUGGAAUGAGGCUACAAAGCCAAACUCCAUGCUCUUGCUGUAUACAUCUGCCUAAAUAUGCACCUUUCCCUCCUUCUGUACCACUUACUUUCCACUUUGUACUAGUGGUAGCUUAGUAAGAUGAUAGAUAGAUAGAUAGAUAGAUAGAUAGAUAGAUAGAUAGAUAGAUAGAUAGAUAGAUAGAUAGAUUGAUUGAUUGAUUGAUUGAUUGAUUGAUUGAUUGAUUGAUUUUUGGCAGUAAUGGGCACCUUGCAAAUAAAUGGCAACAGCUGACUUGGAUGCUAAAGUUUGAGACUGCAGCAUUACUAUUACUAGUGCAAUGUCACAAUACAGCCACUGAGGGAUGGUCUAAGGCCGGUAAGUGCAACACAGCAUGCCCAGCGCAGCCACCGUGCUCCUCAACAACACAUGCAGAAUAGGUAGCAGGCAAGCGCUGCGGACAGAUGCGUUACUCGCGCCCACCUUUACAAUUUAAAUGAUAAAACUUUCAAGCAUUAUAAGUUGUGCCGUCAGUGCCAAGUGUAUGAAAUCACCAAUAGUGUGAACACUGUUUUUCGCAAGAAUGGAGGCAGAGGCAAAUUUCGUUUUUGCAAGGUGAGAAGCGAAUAAUGAUUGAUCCUGUUGAAUUACGUUACAAACAGCUGCAUCACCUUGAAGCUAAAUCAAAAAUACGUAUACAACAGCGUUAGUCGACACUGUUUUUGUAUACCUAGCCUAGACUUUGCUUUAUUAUCUUUUUUACAUCUAUUUCAUCGCAAAAGACGAUGAAUCUUUAACGCUAUUUUUAUUAUUAUUAUCGACUCCUAUUUUGAUGUCAGUUACCAAUAAAAUCCUAUCGAGACGCCUCAAAAGUGCAAGCCCUUGAAUGCGAUAGACAGUACAAGUAAAGGUUCAGUUGUCAGACGGAGAAAUGCAUCGAUGGAUUUCCAACAUACUGGAUAUCACGCAAACGUGAGCUUGGGAACGAAAUUCAGGUGCAAGUAAAGAAGAUAAUAGUCUGGCCUUUUCAUAUAUGUUGCUCGUCUUGAAGAAAUAAAGUAAACACCAAACACUGGACGUAGCUUUCGAUUAACCCCACCCAUCCUAAAAUCCCAAGUCCAAUAAAUAAUUCCUCAAAGAAAUUAUCGCUUUAUGCCUGCGUACUUCGACAUCCAAAGAGUUAACAAUGAAGGACACAAGAGAAGUGAUUUUUGGGGGGAGAGACAUGACAUCUAAAACGUAAUUUUCCUUUAAAGAUUAUUUCUGUAAUUUCCGAAAGGCUUCCUCAAAAACCUUGCAUGGAUGUAUUUGGACUGUAAAUAUAGCCUAUUUAUUUUACAAACAGAAGACCGACCCCCCAACGUCAAUAUUCACUCGUUUUUAUUUAUAUAUUAUUAUUUUUCGGACAACAACGAUAUGGCUAUAUUAUAAAGAUUUUUUCUUGGAUAGUGGGAAUGAAUUGAAUGAAUUGAGCUGAAUUAUUGACUGGCUGGAGUCUUAUCUUUGGAACUUUACCUCGGAGCCUGAGACUACAAGCAACUCAUAGAACAAUGCUGCUAGCAUGGCACCGCGACUGGACGUCUAACAUAAAGAUGAGUGUAUGUUGCAUGCACAGAAUAACACGUGCACGCUUCUGACAAUGCGUUAUUUAGUUACCCAUCAGGUCCCCCCGCCCUAAAAAAAAAAAAAAACAAUUCCGUGCUUCUGCUUGGGAGAGACCAAUUUCAGCUAUCCAGUUAAUUUCAACUGCAAAACCAAGAAAGCCAAAAUGGAGUUCGCCAUGGUAGGUGCCGAAAGCGGUGGGGGCGGCACCCACCUGCCUUACGGAUAUGCCCAGGCGCGGGCUAGGGAGCGGGAGCGCGGCAGGGAAAGACAGGCGCAGGCGAGAUCGGCGGCAGCUGCCGAAGGUGCAUCGGGUGGAGAAGGAGGAACUUCUUCCACUCAUCACCCCAACAACCACAUCCAGCAACAGCAUCAGUCUCGCACCGCCUCUUUGCUUCAUGCCAGCAACAGUGGCGCUGGUACCGCCUCGGGCCCCUCCUCCUUGCAACAGUCUCAGCAGCAAGUUCUCCGAGGAAGGAAAAAGCAACGGGGCGCAGAGUACCGGAGGAGAAACCGUCGAGCUCUCGGCGGGGAGCUGCGCCAGUCGGAGCUGGCUCUUCUCGGCUCUGAGGAGGACAUUAUGAUAGAAGACGAGGAAGCUGAAGGCGAAGAAGGAGACGAGGACGAAGAAGGAGGUGGCAUCAGGAGCAGAGAGCGGCUCAGCAGUGUCCGCUGUAAUAUGGAUGAUGAAGACGAUUCAGUGUCAAUUACUGACAGGCGACCGCAGUCAAGCUACGAAAAUGUUUACAGUGAGUACGGGUGCUGCGAGAGAGUUGUGAUUAACGUGUCUGGCUUGAAGUUUGAGACGCAGCUGAAAACUCUCACCCAGUUCCCCGACACCCUCCUAGGGGACCCGGAUAAGCGGAUCAGGUACUUUGAUCCUCUGAGAAACGAGUACUUUUUUGACAGGAACCGACCGAGCUUUGACGCUAUUCUGUACUAUUACCAGUCGGGGGGGAGGUUGAAGAGACCUGUCAAUGUCCCCUUCGAUAUAUUCUCCGAGGAGGUCAAAUUCUACGAACUUGGAGAAGAUGCCAUGCUCAAGUUUCGAGAGGAUGAGGGCUUUGUAAAAGAGGAGGAGAAGCCCUUGCCGGAGGACGAAUUCAAACGCCAGAUCUGGCUUCUUUUUGAAUAUCCCGAAAGUUCAAGCCCUGCACGAGGAAUUGCGGUUGUGUCUGUUUUAGUCAUCGUUAUAUCUAUUGUUAUUUUCUGUUUAGAAACUUUACCGGAGUUCAGGGAUGAAAAAGACUUCAUUGGCGCUGGUAGCAAUUUAACAAGUGCAGACAAUGGAUUUACCCCGUUCAACGACCCCUUCUUCAUUGUGGAGACUGUGUGCAUUAUUUGGUUUUCUUUUGAGAUAAUAGUUCGCUUCUUCGCGAGCCCCAGCAAACCCGCCUUCUUUAAAAACAUCAUGAACUCCAUCGACAUAGUGUCCAUUUUGCCUUAUUUCAUUACCCUCGGCACAGACCUUGCCCAGCAGCAGGGCAACGGGCAGCAGGCGAUGACCUUCGCCAUCCUAAGGAUAAUUCGACUCGUUAGAGUCUUUCGUAUCUUCAAGCUCUCCAGACACUCCAAGGGCUUGCAGAUCCUCGGGCAUACCCUGCGGGCCAGCAUGAGGGAGCUGGCACUGCUAAUCUUCUUCCUCGUCAUCGGGGUCAUCCUCUUCUCAAGCGCCGUGUAUUUCGCCGAAGCCGAUGAGCCCACCUCUCAGUUCACUAGCAUCCCCGACGCUUUUUGGUGGGCGGUCGUUACAAUGACAACGGUGGGCUACGGGGAUAUGAAACCAAUAACGGUCGGCGGAAAAAUAGUGGGCUCCCUGUGUGCCAUAGCCGGCGUGUUAACCAUAGCUCUGCCCGUCCCGGUCAUUGUGUCCAACUUCAAUUACUUUUAUCACAGAGAGACCGACAAUGAAGAUCAAACGCCAGUAGUACAAAACAUGCCUCCGUGCCCAUAUUUCCCGACAAACUUCCUCAAGAAAUUCAAGGGGUCCCCGACGGCUUCCUCCUUAGGAGAUAAAGCCGAGUAUAUGGAAAUGGAGGAAGGGGUGACCGAGUCAUUAUGUGGCGCAGAAAAACAAAGUCCGAGCAAAGGAAACGGCACAGAACUCCUCAGAAAAAUGAGCACCAACCCCAAAUCACUACAAACAGAUGUCUGACGAGAAGCACCAGACAUUAGGUCUAAUUCUAGUUUCAUAUUACGGGCUACAUUGCAUUAACUUACGCAAAGACCGUGAUGCGCUGAUUACUUUAAAUGUCACAAAAACAAACUUAUCACUUUUAAAAUGUACGUGAAUACUAUGUUCGCUACAAUGAAUGAGAUUUAUGUUGUCAUGUGGAAUUCAAUGUAAAAGCAUCCCAAAAUGCUGCAAUCACCAGCUUCAAGUAGUAAGCGGGGUGGAAAAUAUUAACGGUAGGAUCUUCCAGUGCAUAUAAGAUCUAUCAUAAGUAUCAUUAGGAAUUAAAAAUACACAUAUAAAAAUAUAGAAAUAAUGCAAAAGCACUUUAUCAAUUUUUCUGUCACUUUAAACGAAUUCAUGCAGAAUGGAGAAAGUCUGAUGUUGUGUUCUUGCUGUUGUUAUGCAAUAAACCCCAAUUCACUUUGCACUAAUGUAGGCGGCAAGUUUAUAAUCAGUCAUGAAAAACUCCACACACUUUAAACACGCGCUUAUAAGCCUCUAUAUA